AUGGAAUCGCAGCGAGGUAAUCUGAUGGCGGAGGAGGAAUUUUCCGAGCUAGCUGCGGCGAGGCGGAUCCAGCGAUUGACGUCACACAUUUCCCCCGCCGUAACGGCGCCGUCGCAGCUACCUCUGGUGCAGACGGAGGCGUGUUCUUCGCGGUUGAAGAAGCUGGAGGUUAAUGGCGAGGCGUUGUCUCUCCACAUGAGGGGAAAACACAUGGAUGUCCAGGAAAAAGUGUUCGAGUUCUUCAAUUCCCGCCCAGAUUUGCAGACGCCGAUCGAGAUCUCGACGGACGAGCAUCGCGAAUUGUGUAUGAGGCAGCUGCUUGCGCUUGUGCGAGAAGCUGGGGUAAGGCCGUUUAGGUAUGUAGCGGACGAUCCCGAGAAGUAUUUCGCGAUUAGCGAAGCCGUUGGAAGUGUGGAUAUGUCGCUUGGGAUCAAGAUGGGCGUUCAAUUCAGGUUAUAUAAGAAUUCAUUCGAAGUUUUGAUAAACAUAGGAUUUGGGUCAAAUGUUCAAGGUCUUCAGACCACGGCCACGUUCGAUCCAAUGAAAGACGAGUUCGUGAUCGACACACCUCAUGAUGGAGCUAUCAAAUGGUGGAUCGGAAACGCUGCAGUUCACGGGAAGUUCGCCACCGUUUUCGCCAGGCUCAUCCUUCCGACUCAUGAUUCCAAAGGGGUCUCCGAUAUGGGUGUUCACGCCUUCAUCGUUCCAAUAAGGGAUAUGAAAACUCACCAGACGCUCCCAGGAGUCGAAAUCCAAGACUGUGGACACAAAGUGGGCCUUAACGGAGUGGACAACGGUGCGUUGAGAUUCCGCUCUGUGAGAAUUCCCAGAGACAACCUCCUCAAUCGCUUUGGAGAUGUUUCCCGAGAUGGCAAGUACACAAGCAGCUUACCAACGAUCAAUAAAAGAUUUGCUGCAACGCUCGGUGAGCUUGUAGGUGGCCGAGUUGGUCUUGCCUAUGCAUCUGUUGGCGUUCUUAAAAUCUCCGCCACUAUUGCCAUUCGUUAUUCGCUGUUGAGGCAGCAAUUCGGUCCUCCAAGGCAACCUGAGGUCAGUAUUCUUGAUUACCAGUCUCACCAACACAAGCUCAUGCCGAUGCUAGCCUCGACCUAUGCGUACCAUUUCGCAACUGUGCAUCUUGUAAAGAAAUAUUCAGAGAUGAAGAAGACGCACGACGAGCAACUGGUUGCUGAUGUCCACGCACUCUCUGCUGGGCUCAAAUCUUAUGUAACGUCUUACACCGCCAAGGCCCUCUCGGUCUGCAGAGAAGCCUGUGGAGGACAUGGUUACGCUGCUGUUAACCGGUUUGGAAGCUUGAGAAAUGACCAUGACAUUUUCCAAACAUUUGAAGGGGACAACACAGUGCUUCUGCAACAGGUGGCCGGUGAUUUAUUGAAGCAAUACAAAGAGAAGUUCGAAGGUGGGACAUUGACAGUCACAUGGAGCUACUUGAGAGAAUCGAUGAACUCUUAUUUGGCUCAGCCAAAUCCCGUUACAGCUCGUUGGGAAGGUGAAGAUCAUCUGAGAGAUCCUAAAUUCCAACUAGAUGCUUUCAGGUAUCGGACAUCGCGUCUCCUACAAAGUGUGGCAAUGAGAUUGAAAAAACACUCCAAGACUCUUGGAACUUUCGGUGCUUGGAACAGAUGCUUGAAUCAUCUCUUGACACUUGCAGAAUCUCACAUUGAGUCAGUCAUUCUCGCCAAGUUCAUUGACGCUGUUCAAAGCUGCCCGGACCCAAGUGCAAGAGCUGCUUUGAAACUAGUAUGUGAUCUUUAUGCAUUGGACCGAAUCUGGAAAGAUAUAGGAACGUACCGUAACGUGGAUUAUGUGGCGCCUAACAAAGCUAAGGCGAUUCAUAAGUUGACAGAGUAUUUGAGUUUCCAAGUAAGAAAUGUGGCAAAGGAGUUAGUGGACGCGUUCGAGCUACCUGAUCACGUUACUCGAGCACCAAUCGCUAUGCAAUCUGAUGCUUAUGCACAGUAUACGCAAGUUGUUGGAUUCUAAAAAAUGGUGAAGGAAUACCAGAUUGUUGUCGCAAAUAAUCUCUUUUGAUACGAAGCAAAAAUAACAAUAUACAUAGUUAUAUAGCACGUAUGAGAAAAUCUGCAAUCUUGGUAUGUGUGCUUUGUAUUCGUUGCUAUUUGUUUUCACGGAGGUAAUAAAAAAAUCCAGAAAAACGAUUUCUAGAUCAAACAGUUUUGAUGAUUUUUAGGAAGUUUCCGAAAAAUCAUAUUAAUUUUGUUAAAGAGAUUUGAAUUUGCGAUUUUC